UCAUCAGUUUACCUUUUGCUCGGUGAUCAGAUAACAUCUAAACCGCAAUUUAGUGUUUUUGUUAAUUGUUACAAUUUGGAUUUUUAUCUCAAACGAAAACUUCUAUAUUCACAGUUACCAAUAUGAAUCCGAAAUUGAUUUUGUUUAAUCUCUGUCUUCUUGCGAUUCUGAUUCCAUUGACUCUUGGAUUUCCGUACAAGAACAGUCAUGAAGAGGAAGACGAGGAUGAAGAAGAAGAGGAUAAAUGGGGUAAAUUUGGUAAAUUCGGUAAAUAUGGAAAAUAUGGAAAAUCUUAUGGAGAUGAAGAAGAAGAAGAAAAGGAGAAAGAUGAUUAUGGAAAAAAAUUGUUCUUCCCUUUCCUCAAGAAAGAAGAAGAAACCAAACCAAAAUGGUCUUCAGGAGGUUGGAGUCCAGUAGGUCCACCAAGUUACGGUAACAUUUAUGGUCAAGGAAAAUACAAUCCGAAAUAUUUCAAAUCUUAUGAUCAUGAAGAAGAGGAAGAAGAAGAAUAUCCAAAAAAGAAAAAAUCUUACAAGAAAAAGUCUAAAAAAGAAGAAAUUUCCAAGGAUAUUCUAAAAGAAGUGGACAAAUUUAUUCCAGAGAUUGAUUUUGUCGACGAAGAAAAAAAGAAGGCUUAAAUCAAUUACCAAUUCUAAUUACAAUUCAAACAAUUAACAUACUCAUACAUCAGAAUUUAUUAUCUCUCCCUCCUCAUCAAUAAUUCCAACAUCACAAUUAAUUCAAUUCUUAAUUUCUUCCCAUGGUUUUCAAAGUAUAACAACAACAAAAAAUCAACAAAAGACAAAAAAAUGUGCCACAUAAUUUUGUAUCUAAUUUAAUUUCUAUAUAUUGUUAGUGAUUACCAAUAAAUCAACUAAACUUAA